GGCUAUCGAGGAUUAUUCAGGCAGAGGCUGAGACGGGAAAAAAUAGCUGCGCGGUUGAAGUAAACAUGGAGCUCUCUGCCGUCGGGGAGCGGGUCUUCGCCGCUGAAUCCAUCAUUAAACGGCGCAUAAGGAGAGGGCGGAUGGAGUAUCUGGUCAAAUGGAAAGGCUGGUCUCAAAAAUACAGCACCUGGGAGCCAGAGGAGAAUAUUCUGGAUGAGCGUCUUUUCGCUGCCUUUGAAGAAAGGGAGCGUGAGAGGGAGAUGUAUGGGCCAAAAAAGAGAGGACCUAAACCAGAAACGUUUCUAAUGAAGGCAAAAGCUAAAGCAAAAAGCAAAACCUAUGAGUUUGAACGAGAGAUGUCCAGAGAUAUACGGGUGUCUUUUCCAGUAGCAGAACCAGUUGUGACGCCCAGAGCACGUGAGGGACUGCGAACAGUUGUGCCAACAAUUUUUCCACCAAGCACCAUUAACAGAGGCGAAAGUGUUCGUGUGCGUCCACCAGACUCUGAAAGAGACACCCUGACACAUGGGACUUCAAUUCAGUGCCCACUUGAUUUUGCCAACUCACCAAAAAAGCGAGGACCAAAGCCAAAACUCCAUCCACCUGGAGGUUCAUCCUCUGAAGGCAUUAAAAGAAAGGCAGAACCGUUAACUUUCCGCCCUUCCAAAACUGAGAGAUCUGGAGAGACCUCUAACUGUGAUGUCAUGCAUUUUUCCCAAAAGUACAAAGCAGAAACCAGCCAUGUUGGGAAGCAAAUAGGAAGCAGAUCAAGUGAUGUAAAAUUUUCACAUGGUGGAAGCUUCUUAAAAGCUGGGCUCGGUAUUUUGGGACAUCGACAGAAGGAUGGCUCUGGUGGUGCCAUAAACCAACAAGCUAAGAUGAAGCAUCCCCCUCAAAAAAAUCUAUUUCGAUCCACUGAUCAAACCAGAGAGCAGCUCUCUCUGAGCUUUGUAGAUGAUACAGACCAGUCCUGGUUGCCUUGUUUGAAGAAUAUGGAGAAAAUUGUUGUUACUGAUGUAACGAGUAACUCAUUGACUGUAACCAUAAAAGAGAGUUCAACGGACAAAGGGUUCUUUAAAGAAAACAGAUGAUGAGAUCUUAGUUUAUGUAUGUAUGAUGAUAUAUUGUAAUCAAAGUAGAAAAAAAAACUUACAUUUCUAUAUCAUUUCUAGUCUAUACAUGUAAAGUCUUUCAAUCAUGUAUAUAAUGCAAAAUAUAUAUAUAUAGUCCAUGUUUACCCUACAUUUCCAUUCACGUUUUCUAUGAAAAUGAAGUUUAUUUUUCUAUUUCCCCAGAUUUUUAUGUAACUUUACCCCUUUUGGUUGCCUUCGUCAGCUUUAUUAUGAAUGUAGGGCAUAGAAGCUGUUAACAUAUACUAACGUUACAACGUAAUGCACCUUUUUAAGGGACAUAUUGCUUGGUCCCUUUUUUAUGAACUUACUUUUUUCUGGUUAGAUUGUGUACAUAUUCGAAGGUCCAAACAGUAGUCUCUAUUAAAGCACACCCUUUAAAAAGCAUGAAGGGAAAUAAGCUACAUACAUAAACUUGCUUUAGGCCUAAACAUUUACGGCACAAUUAGUUUCGCUUAAGAAUCAUUUUUUUUGUUUUUGUUUUUCUGUUAAAUAUAUCAGAUUUUACGAUCUUUUCCCCUCUUUAAAAACUAAAAAGUUUGGUUGGUACGAAUUUAUUUUAAGUUGCUCAAGUAGCAACUCGUAGAUUAAGGUGAAAUCUUGGUAGUAUAAUUAAAAUGACAUUAUGUUAACCCGUAAUUAACGGUUCGGUAUUUUUGUGGAAAAAAACAACGAAAAAUGUUCAAAUGUAAUAGUUUUUUUUCAUGCAUUAUUGAUUUUAAUCUAAUUCUUCGUUCAUUUACAAGGCGUUUUUUUCGUAUAUACAGUUUCUAUCCAGUCUUAUGUUAGCCUAAUUGAAUGAAUAAACCAUAUGUCAAUGUUUUCAUACAUACCGAGUGCCUGUAAACAAAGAUUACACGUAUAAAUAAUAAACCUAUAUAUUAUUAAUAGCCUGUGCAACAGCAUGUCGGCCUACUUGGAUAAAAGUAAAUAAUUAAGAUCUGAUGUCUUUCAAAAAUUAAGGGAAACAAUCGGCGAAUGUUCCAACAAUUCGUGCUCAGAUAUUCACUCGGUUUCAGACUUAUUUUUAAUGAUCUACCGUAUAAACGUGUACCAAAUCUAUGAAAUUAAUUAUUGUUUUUAUUAAUAUUAUUAUAGCUGCAAUAUUUAUUCGUAUCCUAAUGAUUUUAAAAUUA